CUGUUAUACUUUGAUAAUAUGAUACGGAUUAUUAAAAUAAUUAACGCCGGUUAAUACUUAAUUAUAAUAAAUUCUAGUUAUCGUGGCUUAGACCCAGACUUCAAUACUUGAAUUAGUAUGUUAGAAUUACUUUGUGGUUAGUACAUGGCACGGUACAUCAUUGACACGUACAGGCGCCAAACCCAACUUUAAAUUACAAUUCUGUUAUAGCUGGAAGAAGUUACAAAUUAUUCUAAUUUUAAUUCCGGUCACAAUUUCUUAUCGCUAUAAUAUCAGUAAUCACAUUUUCCAUACAUUUAAUUUUAGUUACUGAAUUUUGGCGGUUGUUUAUCAUUAUCAGUAUACCAAAUUAUUGUAAAUGUAAAACUGAUAACUCACGUGAAAAUAUUUGGGCGGUAAAUAUGUUUGUUAUUUAAGUAUUUAGAAUGGUAAAACAUAAUUAACAUAAUUAACAUAAUUAACUCCGUGAAUUUUACCAUAAUUAGAGAGGUGUACUCCGUGAAUUUUGGGAAGUUUUUCUGACCUUCUACCGGCAGCGGGGAAUAUGUUUUGAAUAUUAUAUAUUAUGUUUAGUGGUGAUUAUCUUAGUGAAGUGCUGUUAUACUACUACCGUGAAUGUGCCAUUGACACACCAUGUUUGGUGCAUGCACUGUGAAAUCGGUUCAAUUAGUGGGUUUUCUGAAUAUAAUAUGUGAUAAUAUGUGAAUAUUAGGGCCUGUACUCUGCACUACUCAGCUGGAUGAUGACGGUGUAAAUGGAUUAAUACCAAAUAAGAUAGCCCCCUGUCCGACCCUAAUUACUGAUCUAAUCCUAAUCUCUAAUUCACGAGGAUUCUGUAUAUACUCCUUCAUAAAAUUACCAUUUUCACACAAAAUACAGAAAGGCUUCUUAUUCAGCUCCGGAGCAGUGAUUGUGAUCCAAAUUAUUUUGGGUUUUGUUAUUUUGUUAUUUUCUAGUCUUUGUUUUUGCGAUGACGCAUGGGUUGUCCGUUACAAAUGCGAGACGGCUGAUGUCAUGAUAUUUUGCUGCUGUCAUGAUGUUUUGCUGCUGUCAUGAUGUUUUGCUGCUGUCAUGAUGUUUUGCUACUGUCAUGAUGUUUUGCUACUGUCAUGAUGUUUUGCUGCUGUCGUGAUGUUUUGCUACUGUCAUGAUGUUUUGCUAAUGUCAUUAUUUUUUGCUAUUGUCAUGAUGUUUUGCUACUGUCAUGAUGUUUUGCUGCUAUCAUUAUGUUUUGCUGCUGUCAUGAUGUUUUGCUACUGUCAUGAUGUUUUGCUGCUGUCAUGAUAUUUUGCUGCUGUCAUGAUGUUUUGCUGCUGUCAUGAUGUUUUUCUACUGUCAUGAUGUUUUGCUCCUGUUGUUGCUUUGCUACUGACCGCCGGGGAGAUUUGUAUUUCGUUUAGAGGAUUUAGUUCACGGGUAUGGUAAAAGGAAUACAAAUACAAUUAUUGUAAAACGCAGAAAUGAAUUAUUACCGUCUCAAGAAUAAAUUUCGUUUUGACGAGUCCACACAUUUUUAUAUUAACACUGAAUCGGAUAGCCACCAUCAGUAAUUUAUAUUUGAUCGCUUUAAACCGAUAAUAGCAUUAGGAAUCUGUCCGCUGUCUCAGAGUUACGCCCUGCAAACCUAACUCUCACCCUACAACCCUUAUUAACACAGAUUACUCACUACACCACUCUCUCCAUUUCUCUCUAUCAAUUCUAAUACCUAGUCUGAAUUUGAUGUUUGCCUCGGAAACUUUGUUCCUAACCCGGACUAGUUUGCUCGGGUUGUUAGUUUUCAGUGGACUUGUACUCGGCGGGCACUCCGGCUCCGGGUUUAAAGAAAAUUGCAGAAACCCAGUUAAUUGUGAAGCUGGGGACGCUUGCAGAGGAACAUGUUUUGCAGGACAGAAGGCAGACUAUUACUGUGUCGGACAGUGCGUUUCUAACAAUACCACGAGAACUGCGUCCUGUGAAGAUGACUACGCUAAAUGUACGCCCUGGCUCCACCUGUGUUCCAACUCGGUGGUCGCUAAAGUUUGUAGGCAGAGUUGUGGGCUCUGUGAUGUAGUGCCCAAAGAAGCUUGCGAUGGGUUCAUGUGUGAUGGUACGUGCGUUCCUCUAACUUUCCUGUGUGAUGGAGUUAAAGAUUGUCAAGACAACAAUGACGAGCUUAACUGUAAUUACUUUCCGGAACUGUGGUUCACCGCCAGACGCACUCGACGCUGUGGUGUAAGAGCAAGCGACAUCCCGGACACGGAUAUCUCAAUUCAAUUCUCAAAAUCCAAGAAAACAAUGAACAUGCGGCGAGGAAAAGUAAGGAGACGACAGAAGAGAUUGGUGAAUGGAAAGUAUGCAGCGUCAUAUUCGUGGCCGUGGAACGGAAUCCUGCUGAGUGACAAUAAACGUGACCAGACAUUAGACCAGAAGAAGAAGACAUUUUGCGGAGUUACUCUAAUUCACCCGGAAUGGGCAGUGACGGCUGCUCACUGCGUCGUUAGUUCCGGGGGGAGUGUCCAGUCCCCUGACUUCCAGAUGACUUUUGGCAAGCACUACACGGCACGAACUGGGUCAGAGAGGUUAACAAAUCAAGUGAGAAACGCAUCAAGAAUAUUAUUCUUCAGGGACUACGAGGACACAGACAUCUACAACGACAUAGCUCUUCUAAAGCUGAAUGAGUCAGUGGUCCUGAACGACUUUGUUAACAUUGUGUGUCUGCCAUUAUCUCUUGAUGUAGAGCAGUUUCACCGGACCGGAGGAGUGGCUACAGGAUGGGGCUACGACGAAAAAGGAGUGAUGGCUAGAAGACUGAAGCAGACUCUAGUGAGGCCCAUGGACAGGGACCGGUGUACGAACCAGAUAUUCGACUGGCCGGAUCACAUUCCUAACUACUUCAGCUUAGGACCUUCCCUUCUCUGUACUGAAAUAGAUGAAGAUAAUGGAUUUGGUGUUAUAUGUGACGGAGACAGUGGAGGACCAAUGGUGGCCAGGAGAAAAACCGGAUCUUAUGCUCUACUUGGCGUCGCCUCAUUCGGGACGGACAAGGACUGCAGUAAAUCCGGAGAAGCUGCCGUCUACACGAGUGUUUACUAUUAUCUUCCCUGGAUCAGCCACUUUGUGGAUCUCACUUUCAUUUAGAGGGAUUUUUUUAAAGUAAGAUGCAGAAUUGCAGAAGUGAUCAUGUGGGUUUUUUGAUAAAGAUCUAUGGGAUUAAGAUGGUUUUGCCGGACAAAAUCAAUAGACUCUGACUAUAAAGACUUUUAAACUUAAAAUAUGUGUGUUAUACGAUGUCGAGAUAUCAUGGAGUAAUGUUUGUAAAAACUAGAUUUAAUCUACCCUUAAUGUUAACCAUACGGCUUACUGUAGGGACACUUUUCAGACUCAAAACAAUUAUUUGUAGCCAUUAAGUAGUAGGAAUCGUGCAAUCGUGCAGCAGUUUUAGCUUAAUUUAAUAAUGUGUUAUAUUGCACAAGAAGAUACGAUUAUAGGUUUGGGUUAUAGCAGCAGUGGCACUGCAUGGAUUAAACAAAAGUCUUGUGAAGAUUCAAUAUGUUAAAGAAUGCAACCAUAUUUUAGAUAUAUUAUAUGUUAUAUCAGCUAUUUUAAUCUUUAACUUUAGGUAUUAAUAAAAUCCAGAUGAAAUAUCCAUCAACACUUUGAGGAAGAAGGAAGAUAUUUGAUUAGAAAUGGACAAUUAUUUUUCGGGCAUUUUAAUAAUAAUUUGUAGGGUACAAUGAUGAUUCCAAUUAAAUGUUUCAGAUUUCAAUUUGUAAAUUUACUUUUUACGGGGAAAAUCUAACAUGAAAUAAUGCAAAAUGUACAUUAUUUAUAUGAAUUAAUUUCCAAAUAAUUUGUAUUACUAUCAAAGAAUGUUUACAUGUCUCGUUUUCCGGGCUCCGGCAGAUCCACGAUGAAUAAAUUUCCGUGAUUUGUAUUCAGCAUCAGCUCCUGUGGCACAAUCGGUUAGCGCGUCGUACUUAUAAGCAGUACAGGCUUAGCAAUGCGAAGGUUGAGAGUUCGAGCCUCUCCAGGAGCAGAAAUUUUAAA